AUGGACGUGGCGAUGAAUGAGGCAGAUUCUGACCAAAUUCAAACAGAAGUUCAACUGAAGAAAGAUGAGGCCACUGCGAAAGUGUCUAGCAAUGGAUAUGAGCUGCCAUGGUAAGGUUUAAAAGCUAGUUAGUUGCAGUAUAUUUGUAUUUAUUAGCCGACUCAAAUGGCUCAUCACGGCUAGCUAGUAGUGCUAAUGGUUAUUUGAGUACAGAUAGGUGGUGGGCAGGAUCAAGCUAACGUUAGCUAUUUUAGUUUUCGAGCUCUGUCGAGGGAAGAGAUGGUUUUUACAUAUUGUGUAUAUUUAUUUAUUCUAAACACUUCUGUUUGUUGGCAAUGUAAAUUCUAGCAUUCUUUUCAAAAUACUUGUUUUUAUGUUCGCUAGUUGGACAGGCAAACGCCACCGACUACUAAACUGUAAACCAAUCAAAACUCGUGUAAUAUCCAUGGUAGUAUCUCUGUUGAUCACGUCUGCCAAUCACGUUAUCCAUAUCGAAGGUAGUAGACAGCUGGUGGCAUCUCGAGAAACUGCUAUCAGGUAGGUCAUUUUUAUUUAUUUGUAAUUAACUAUUUACACUGAACAAAAAUAUAAACGCAGCAUGUUAAGUGUUGGCCCCAUAUUUCAUGAGCUGAAAUAACAAAUCCCAGAAAUUUUCCAUUCACACAAAAAGCUUAUUUCUCUAAACUGUUGUGCACAAAUCUGUUUACAUCCCUGUUAGUGAGUAUUUCUCCAUUGCCAAAAUUAUCCAUCCACCUGACAGGUGUGGCAUAUCAAGAAGCUGAUUAAACAGCAUGAUCAUUACACAGGUGCACCUUGUGUUGGGGACAAUAAAAGGCCACUCUAAAAUGUGCAGUUUUGUCACACAACACAAUGCCACAGAUAUCUCAAGUUUUGAGGGAGCGUACAAUUGGCAUGCUGACUGCAGGAAUGUCCACCCUAGCCGUUGCCAGAGAAUUGAAUGUUAAUUCAAACGUCGUUUUAGAGAAUUUCAGUACGUCCAACCGGCUUCAUAACCGCAGACCACGUGUAACCACGCCAACCCAGGACCUCCACAUCCGGCUUCUUCACCUGUGGGAUCGUCUGAGACAAGCCACCCGGACAGCUGAUGAAACUGUGGGUUAGCACAACGAAAUAAACAGUCUCAGGGAAGUUCAUCUGCGUGCUCGUCGUCCUGACUGCAGUUAGGCGUCGUAACCGACUUCAGUGGGCAAAUGCUCACCUUCGAUGGCUGCUGGAUAAGUGUCCUCUUCACGGAUGAAUCCCGGUUUCAACUGCCCCGGGCAGAUGACAGACAGCGUGUAUGGUGUUGUGUGGGCGAGCGGUUUGCUGAUGUCAACGUUGUGAACAGAGCGCCCCAUGGUGGGGUUAUGGUAUGGGCAGGCAUAAGCUACGGACAACGAACACAAUUGCAUUUUAUCGAUGGCAAUUUGAAUGCAGAGAUACCGUGACGAGAUCCUGUACCGUUCAUCCGUAGCCAUCACCUCAUGUUUCAGCAUGAUAAUGCACGGCCACAUGUCGCAAGGAUCUGUAGACAAUUAUUGGAAGCUGAAAAUGUCCCAGUUCAUCCAUGGCCUGGAUACUCACCAGACAUGUCACCCAUUGAGCAUGUUUGGGAUGCUCUGGAUCGACGUGUACGAUAGCGUGUUCCAGUUCCCGCCAAUAUCCAGAAACUUCGUACAGCCAUUGACGAGUGGGACAACAUUCCACAGGCCACAAUCAACAGCCUGAUCAACUCUAUGCGAAGGAGAUGUCGCACUGCAUGAGGCAAAUGGUGGUCACACCAGAUACUGACUUUUUUUGGUCCACACCCCUACCUUUUUUUUUUAAGGUGUCUGUGACCAACAGAUGCAUAUCUGUAUUCUCAGUCAUGUGAAAUCCAUAGAUUAGGGCCUAAUACAUUUAUUUAAAUUGACUGAUUUCCUUAUAUGAACUGUAAACUCAGUAAAAUCUUUGAAAUUGUUUCAUGUUGCGUUUUUAUAUUUAAUAAUGUAGCUAGCUUGCAAGUUACAACAAGUAGAUGUGUUGCUAGCUAGUGGGAGCAGAGAGCUUUAUCACUAGCUAGCAUGUCAUUCCGGGACAAGGAGCGUUUUAUCUUUCCGUUUAUUACAAGUAAUAAUUUAAGACUACAAAAAUCUGUAGGACAAGUAGUGUAAAUCUACUACAGUCACCAAGGCAGGACCCACUCAUUUCAUUCAUACUGACAAAUAUGAAAUGCCACAUUAUCCCUGUCAAUGGUUGGAGUAGGAUGAUUGCAGAGCAGCAGACUGUCAGGAUGUUCAUUUUCUAGCUCACAAACUACUUUCCUUUGCUGUGAUGAUUUCUUUCAUUCAUUCUUGUCUCUCACUUUUGUCUCACAUGAUCUAUUCAGCUCUCCCGUAUCCUACUCCCAAAGAUCAACCAAGUGCUAUUCACCAAGCAUGGGCUGAUUCAUUCACCUGUGAAGAGAGCCAUCCUACUGCAGUUUGAACUAGCCCUGCCGUCACUAUUUAAACAUUGAGACCACAUGCAUUUGCCUGUUUCGAAUCCCCAAGCCAACUAGGUGAAACAUCUGUCUGUGCCUUAGUUCCACCUGUAAAUCGCUCUGGAUAAGAGCGUCUGCUAAAUGACUCAAAUGUAAUGUAAGUCUUUCUCUACAUCGGUGAACUACAUUGGUGACCAGGGUGGAAUCCUUUCGAUAUGCCUAUGGGACCUGGGCACACACAAGCUCCUAGAGCAUGUGUUGAUGACAGGCUCCAUCAGAGGCCUAGGCUUUUGGCAUAGAUCAUAAAGUUCUCAUUUCUGGACUGCAACAUUGUAAGAUUGUGCCCUCUACGACAAUUGAUUGAUUGGUUGGCUACACUAUAUUUAGAGACUUCAAAUACUGUCUGAGACACAUUUUGCUAUUUGUCUCUGCACUCAAUAAAUGAUGAAAGACUAUUUGUGAUGGUGGUCUUUGUUCGUAGAUGCAUUUGUAUGUAUAUGCAUGAAACAUGCAUUACGGAAAACAUGUCUCACACUCAGUCAUAGUUAGUAGAAUAAUGAAUGGAUUGGCAAGAUUUUGGCACGUACCGUUAACUUUUAGAAGGUUAGUAGGAAAGUUAAUAAUCUAAACCAGGGUUUCCCAAACUCUGUCCUGGGGCCCUCCCUGGGUGCACGUUUUGGUUUUUGCCCUAGCACUACACAGCUGAUGCAAAUAACCAACUCGCCAUCAAGCUUUGAUUAUUUGAAUCAGCUGUGUAAUGCUAGGGCAAAAACCAAAACGUGCACCCGGGGAGGGGAGGUCGGGAAACCCUGAUCGACACCACUUAAAUAUACUCACAUUUCACUGAACAUUUAGUAUUUGAAACUAAAACAUUCAUUUCCCAACUGCUUUUACAGUAUAUAAUCCUACAGGCUCUUUAUCAUUCUCCAUACCUUAUAUUCCAAUGCAUCCAACAUUAUGCAUGCCCACGAUGGUAUUGGGCAGCUGCUAUUUGAGAACUCAUCUGGUUUAGAAAUCAAACGAAGAUUGGAUUGCAAGAUAUGUUAUAUUUCUAGGCUAUACCAUAUGUAUUGACUGAUAUGCAUAUGCAGCUGUCGUUUUUAAACCUCCAUUCUAGCAUGCAUCUAUCUACAUGCUUUUAUUUGGGUUUCUAUGCAAAGUAUAUGAUUGAAUGUUUCUUUAAGCCUGCAGCUAGCUACUUGAAAUGAGACGUAUAAUCAUGCCAAAACAUGACUCAACCAUUUAAUUCACUGAUAGAGCGAUGGCUAAUGAAACACAAAUUGACAUUCACAAUAGCUACUAGUCUGUAACAUUGGCUAACUUUCAUGAAAUUGGCUAAAUGGUCAACGGAAUUACCUCUUCAUAUGAUCAAGACAAUUCGUAUUGCAUGCUGCAUAUUUCAAGUGCACUCAAACAAAUAUUUAUCUUAUUUCAGUCUGGGAGCUAGCUAGCAAUCGGUGUUUCUGUUUAGACAGCAGCUUGUGUUUUCACAAGCGGCUGUUUACAUUGUAGAUAGAAGCAGGCCAUUGGCUGCCUUCAUCACAAGGGGUAUGUAGGGGAGUUCUGAUUGGUUCCAAGUUUAGCAGUUCGGCAAAUUUGCCUGAGCAGCCGUGUUGAAAUACACUUAUUAUGAGAAAAUGUGCAAGAAUUGAAGGUGCCAACAAAUGUUAUAGUCAUCAUAAAAAUGUUUUACUGUCAUAUACAAAAAAUCAGCUCUUCCCUCGACGGGGAUCGAUUAACUUCACGUUUCAAGUCUUAGUUCUGUUGAUAAAACAAGUUUACUGGAGAACGGAGACCAAGUAGAGACUUUUGGACAAGGUGGAUAAUUGUAUAAUAUAAGGCAGUUUAUUCAGAGGUAAAGAUAUCUGGAAUCGCGUGCACGGACCCGUUCGUCAAUCUCGUAGGGAGAUAUCUGAGAGAGCCCCUAAACAUUGUGUGCUGACAUUUUAUACAAUAAAAUGAAGUAGGUUGAUUCUAGUAGUUCUGAUCUUCUGAUUGGUCCUGAUGAGUUGGGCGAGGUCCCCUCCAGGUUAGUAUCACUGUUGCAUUGGCUCUGAGUCGGGUUCUCUGUCUUCAGAUGUUCAGCCUAAGAGAAGAGGAUUUGUGUGUGUGUGUGUGUGUGUAUGUGUGUGUAUGUGUGUGUGUGUAUGUGUGUGUAUGUGUGUGUAUGUGUGUGUGUGUGUGUGUGUAUGUGUGUGUGUGUGUGUGUGGGGGUGUGUGUGUGUGUGUCCUCAGAGCAAGAACUCGUGAGUUGGAAGAACUGAGAGACCUAUGGCGUGGGUGUUGUCCUUAGCCACCUGCUGAUAAGGCUGACAAGAUAGGACUCUUUUGUGCUUUUGUGCAUUGUAUUGAAUACAAAGGCCCAACACAAAAUGGGUCAUGCACAAGAUUUUAGUCAGACCAAGCUAUAACAUUAUAUAUUUACUACGACAGUUCCACCACCUAAGAUCCUAGCAUUGUAGCUAGCUAAUAGCUAUGUAAUGAAUAUUAGCUAUGAAAACAAACCGAUUCUGCAUGCCUCUCAAAAAUUAACCAGAUCGCUAAAGUUAGCUAUGUAAUGUUAUGUUCUAAGCAUUUCAUUGGAGCAACAGCUAGCGCUACUAGUGCAAGUAAUUGUGUAAAUCACUAUGAAUUGCUUGUUGAUUAGCUUUGGUGGCAACUAAGCGAGUCUGUUGGGACAUAAUGUUGCUGAUAGCUAUGCUUGUUCUGAAUGUCUCACAGGGUUGAAAAAUACAGACCAUUUAAGUUGAACGAAAUAGUAGGCAACGAGGAGACUGUUAGCAGAUUGGAGGUAAAGUAUCCUCAAUAUUUUAAGUUACAUAGUUUCAAUACAUUUCUUGCUAAAUAAUAGCCAACUGUAUGAUUUGUUUUUCCCUUCUCUCUUACAGGUGUUUGCCAGAGAGGGAAAUGUACCCAACAUCAUUAUUGCAGUGAGUGACUGACACAAUUCAUUCUUUCAUCAUAACUAUUUGAUAUUACAAACUGACAUGUUGGUGCAGCGGAGUAAUUGUAUGCAAGUUAUGCCAUCUUUCAUAUGGGACCUCUUUUUAAACAUAACUAUUGUUAUUUUAGGGUCCCCCCGGUACAGGAAAGACCACCAGUAUUCUGUGUUUGGCGCGAGCUCUUCUAGGCCCAGCCAUGAAAGAUGCUGUCCUGGAACUGAAUGCUUCCAAUGACAGGUGAGAGCAAGUGAUGUCUGCCAUGAAAAAUGUCACACUGGCAUACUUAAAGGAAAGAUUAACCCAUUUUGAAUGUUAUAUCGUAUUUGUGCACAUCUGAGCGAUGUUCUAUAUAUUCCAGGGGUCAUUUCAUGUUUUUAUGUGUAUCUGAGCUAUUCUCGGUUCAAGCAGGUAGAAAUACAGCCGGGAUGGUGCGUUUUUCAUCAUUAUACUAGCUGUAUUUCUGCCUGGUUGAACGGCGAAUAGCUGAUACACGUAAAACCAUGAAAUGACCCCGGGAAUCAAUAGAACAUCGCUCAGAGAUCAAAUCAAAGUGUAUUGGUCGCGUACAUAGAUUUGCAGAUGUUAUCUCAGGUGCAGCGAAAUGCUUGUGUUUCUAGCUCCAACAGUGUAGUACUAAUACUAGUGCUAGUAGUGUCUUGUAAUCCUAUAUGGGCUUAAAUAAAUCCUAUCAAUCAAAAAUGAAUACCUAGCAAUACAAAACAAUGCACAUAUAAUCCAAAAAGUUAAAAUAAAUGUCCGAACGAAUCCAAUCAACAACACAAAUAGCACUGUAACAGUAAUCCAAAUGCAAUCUAUACGUAUCUACACCGAAUGAAUUUACACAAGAUUUACUAGGAAUUAUAUGUACAGCGGUAUAUAUAGGCCGUCAUUGUAAAUAAGAAUUUGUUCUUAACUGGCUUGCCUAGUUAAAUUAAAUAAAUAUAUUAGUGAGCCAUGUCAAAAAUCCAGUAUAUCAAUAAAUAUGCGGUGUGUGUGUAUAAACAGUGUAACUAAAAUGCAAUGUAGAGUAGUAGAAAUAUUAGAAUGAGCUUUCGAGAAUACAGUAUAUAAAUACACAGUACAAAACCCCAUAGCAAAAUGGAUGGAACUGCAGGAAUUAGCUUAAGGACCUUUUCAUGACAGACUGACCAGAUAAAUCCAGGUGAAAACUAUGAUCCCUUAUUGAUGUCACUUGUUAAAUCCACUUCAAUCAGUGUAGAUGAAGUGGAGGAGACAGGUUAAAUAAUUAUUUUAAAGCCUUGAGACAAUUGAGACAUGGAUUGUGUAUGUCUGUCAUUCAGAGGGUGAAUGGGCAAGACAAAAAAUGUAAGUGCCUUUGAACGGAGUAUGGUAGCAGGUGCCAGGCGCACCGGUUUGUGUCAAGAACUGCAACGCUGCUGGGUUUUUCAUGCUCAACAGUUUCCCGUGUGUAACAAGAAUGGUCCACCACCCAAAGGACAUCCAGCCAACUGGGAAGCAUUGGAGUCAACAUGGGCCAACAUCCCUGUGAAAUGCUUUCAACACCUUGUAGAGUCCAUGCCCUGACAAAUUUAGGCUGUUCUGAGGGCAAAAGGGGGUGCAACUCAAGAUUAGGAAUGUGUUCCCAAUGUUUUGUGCAUUCGGUGUAUGUGAAUGGUGUGUAUGGACAUUAUGUGAAUAGAAAGGGUGUGUGUAUAGCAGUAGGUAUAUAGGAUGAGCCAUGACUUGAAUACAGUAUACAAAUAAAGUGGGUAAAACAGUAUGUAAACAUUAUUAAUGAGACCAGUGUUCAAUGACUUUGUACAUAGGGCUGCGGUCUCUAAGGUGCAGGGUAGAGUACCGGGUGGUAGCUGUGUAGUGACAGUGUCUGAAGUUCAGGGCAGGGCACACUGGGCGGAGGCCGGCUAGUGGUGACUGUUUAACAAAUUGAUGGCCUGGAGAUAGCCUCGGUCACAGCUUUGAUGCACCUGUACUGUCUCUACUUUCUAGAUGGUAGUGGGGUGAACAGGCCUAGACUUGGGUGGCUGGGGUCCUUGAUGAUCUUCUUGGCCUUCCUGUGACACUGGGUGCUGUAGAUGUCCUGGAGGGCAGGCAGUGUGCCCCUGACGAUGCGUUGGGCUGACCGCACCACCCUCUGGAGAGCCCUGCAGUUGCGGACGGUGCAAUUGCCGUACCAGGCGGCGAUACAGCCCGACAGGAUGCUCUCAAUAGUGCCUUGCUAGAGGUCGUGAGGGUCUUAGGGGCCAAGCGGAAUUGGCGCUGUUGUACCUUCUUCACUAUCUGUGUGAAGGGACCAUUUCAGUUCGUCAGUGAUAUGCACGCCGUGGAACUUGAAGCUUUUGACGCUCUCCACUGAGGCCCCGUGGAUGUGGAUGGUCCACGAUCAGCUCCUUCCUUUUUGUUGUCGUUGAGGGAGAGGUUAUUUUCCUGGCAGCACUCCGCCAAAGCACUCACCUCCUCCCUGUAGGCUGUUUUGUCGUUGGUAAUCAGCCAGGCCUACCACUGUUGUGUCGUCAGCAAACUUGAUGAUUUGAGUUGGAGACGUGCGUGGCCACACAGUCAUGGGUGAACAGGGAGUAUAGCAGGCAGCUGGGCACGCGCCCCCAUGUUGAGAAUCAGCUUGGUGGAGGUGUUGUUGCCUACCUUCACCACUUGGGGCCGGCCCGUCAGGAAGUCCAGGAUCCAGUUGCACAGGGAGGGGUUCAGACCCAGGGACCUGAGCUUAGUGAUGAGCUUGGUGGGCACAAUGGUGUUGAAGGCUGAGCUAUAGUUGAUGAACAGCAUUCUUACAUAGGGAUGCACAAAUACGAUAUAAAAUAAAAUAAAUGGGCGAGUCUUUCCUUUAAGUGCACCUGUGAUUCCAGGAGCCGCAUUUUGGGUUAAAAUCACAUUGUUGCUUUAGAAAGUGAAGCCUACACUAACACAUUGUCAUCAAUCUUCCUCAGAGGCAUCGAUGUAGUUCGAAACAAGAUCAAGAUGUUUGCCCAGCAAAAAGUCACCCUCCCUAAAGGCAGACACAAGAUCAUCAUCCUGGAUGAGGCUGACAGGUAAGACCCACUGAGGGUCAUGACAGCUAAGCUGAUCUAGUGUACCUAUAAUGGCUGUGUCUGUAAAGGCUGUGCUUGUGUCUCCAGCAUGACAGACGGAGCCCAGCAGGCCUUGAGGAGGACCAUGGAGAUCUACUCUAAAACCACACGCUUCGCUCUGGCGUGCAACGCCUCCGACAAGAUCAUCGGUGAGGGUCCUACAAUACAAUGAUGCUGUCGUAUUGAAUAGGGACCCAAAUGUAAGCGAUGGUCACAUUACAAAACCAACUUGUCUUUUCUCUGUCCUGAUGGUCCUCCAUGUUGCUGUGCCCCCUCCUUCAUAGAGCCCAUCCAGUCACGUUGUGCGGUCCUUCGCUACACCAAGCUGAGGGACGAGCAGAUCAUGAUGCGUCUGCUGGAGGUAGUGGAGAGGGAGAACCUGGUCACCAGCAACGACGGCCUGGAGGCCAUCAUCUUCACUGCCCAGGGAGACAUGAGACAGGUUGGGAAAAGGGCCAACUGUCCUCCAAUCCUCCAUGUUGACACUAAAGGUUCCAUGAGAAUAGCGUUCUUGUUCCCAUUACGACUAGAUUGGGAAUGACUUAGGAAGUUUUGGUGUCAACAAGUUACCCAUUUAAAAUAUCAAGUUUGUUGAACACUAUAUCUAUCCAUGGGAGGGUUUGCGGCUUGUUGCCGGACAAAUUGACCAGGAGAAAAAAACAACCCCAUUGCAAAAUAAUGCUUUUUAUUCAUUGAUGGAAAUAUCAGUCAAUGUAAAUACAUUUCACUGUCAAGCUUAUCGGUCAAUUGAUUAAUAAGCAACAUUUGGCGGAAUUAAAUUGGGGCGUGUUUAUUUUCGUUAGUUGUCAUGCAUCUUAUUUAUCACACACGGACAGCAUACAGAGCGGAAUAUCACUUGUCAGAAAGCACUAGAGCUGCAGCGCCUCAGCUCCUUGCUGCUUUUUUCAAAUCAAAUGUUAUUUGUCACAUACACGUGUUUAGCAGAUGUUAUAGCGGGUGUAGUGAAAUGCUUGUGCUUCUAGCUCCGUCAGUGCAGUAAUAUCUAACAAGUAAUAUCGAACAAUUUCACAACAUAUACCCAAUACACACAAAUCUAGUAGGGAAUGGAAUUUAAGAAUAUAUACAUAUAUGGACAAGCAAUGACAGAGUGGCAUGGACUAAGACACAGUAGAAUAUUAUAGAAUAGAAUACAGUAUAUACAUAUGAGAUGAGUAGUGCAAGAUAUGUAAUGUAAACAUUAUUAGAGUGACUAGUGUUCCAUUUCUUAAAGUGGCCAGUGAUUUUCAAAUAGGCAGCAGCAGCCUCUAAUGUGCUAUUGAUGGCUAUUUAAGUCUGAUGGCCUUGAGAUAGAAGCUGUUUUUCAUUCUCUCGGUCCCAGCUUUGAUGCACCUGUACUGACCUCGCCUUCUGGAUGAUAGCGUGGUGAACAGGCAGUGGCUCGGGUGGUUGAUGUCCUUGAUGAUAUUUUUGGCCUUCCUGUGACAUCGGGUGCUGUAGGUGUCCUGGAGGGCGGGGUAGUUUGCCCCCGGUAAUGCGUUCGGCAGACCGCACCACCCUCUGGAGAGCCCUGCGGUUGCAGGCGGUGCAGUUGCCGUACCAGGUGGUGAUACAGCCCGACAGAAUGCUCUCCAUUGUGCAUCUGUAAAGGUUUGUGAGGGUUUUAGGUGCUGGAGUGAAACAUGCUUUUAUCAGCCCCGUUAUUGCGCAACAAUUCUAAAUGUAUGUUAAAAACAGUUUUGAUGACCAUGAUUAAAUAGCUACUAUUUUUCUUUCCCAACUGGUAAUUGAAGCGCGCCUCCCAUUCACCAUUCAGGUGCAUAGGCAACGGUAGGCAGGAUAUCAGCACAUCACCCACCACUUUACAACUUGAGCUGGAGGCAGUAUGCAUUUUGAAAAUGUAUACUUAAUUGAUUGAAACCUGAACGUUUUACUUCAUAUUAUGAGGCAUGUCUUACCUUGCUUCAAUCCGACCAUAGAAACGUGGAGGCAAUUAUUUUAUUGACUUCCUCAUAUGCCAUUGAAACCAGCAUUUCUCUCCUGUUCUAUUGGUUUUCAUAACUUUCUUUCGUCCAGAAGCCAAAGGCACAAUCGUAGUCAUAUUAGCAACCCAUCCUAGUUGUUGCAUCUUUAGAGUCCCCCUCUUUCUAAGUUUCUAAUGGAGAUUUUCAUCUGUCACAUAUGGAACCGCUUGCAUAAGGUGCGCUGUUGAGGAUGAUGUUUUCCUGCGAAAUGCAUUUUGGCAAAUGUUUGAAAAUUACAUUUUAUUAGCUGCUUCAUUAAAGGAUGUUAAGAUGAAUUACCAUAAUCUAAAUGUGAUUUCUGUCAUUCUGAGCACAGUGGGUGGACGCCCUAAUGAGUCCGGUAAAUUUCAAAUGGCCGGUAAAUUAAAACCUUCCCGGUCACGUUGUCCAGCGCCACAUUUUCCUAACGGAAACCCUGAUCCAUGGCUCCUCAUAGUGGCUGUACUUUCUGGGGGGCCAAUUCAAGUUUGGCUGAGAUGUGUGAAACUAUAUAUAUAACUUGAGCUGUCUUUUUUUUGCAUCAUCAGGCACUGAAUAACCUACAAUCCACAAAUUCUGGUUUUGGCUACAUCAACAGCGAAAAUGUGUUCAAGGUACGGUUCUGUUACCUAACCUGUCUUUUUCAGUCAUUUUAGAAGGAAGAAGAAAUUGACAAUGCGUAGGUCUGUUUCAAAGGAAAGACGAGUAAAGCAUUGUUGGUUUUUGUUCAGGUGUGCGAUGAGCCACACCCGCUGUUGGUGAAAAGCAUGCUGGAACACUGUGUCAACGCCAACAUAGAUGAGGCUUACAAGGUAUUGCAAUCCACUUUCAAUAACAAUCAAGACAGAAUAAGUAUAAUUAUAUUCCUGUCAAUGAAUAACACUUAUUUCUCUAGCCUUUAAACAUGGUUCUUAAUUAAAGUGAUCAAUAACUGCUCAGUUUAUAAUAUAUAGUAUAAUCAUAUAGCUGAUAAUAUUAAUGUGUACCUCUCCCUUAGAUUAUUGAUCAGCUGUGGGCCCUGGGUUACUCCCCUGAGGACAUAAUCGGUAACAUCUUCAGAGUUUGUAAGACUUUCCAGAUGCCUGAGUAUCUCAAGUUGGAGUUCAUCAAGGUAAGAGACAUGGUAAAACAUUUGCAGUUGUACAGUGAGCUCAAAAAUAAAAUGCUAAUCUCCCCUGUUAUUGAAUGGUGAGAGGUUAGCAUGUCUUGGGAGUAUGAUACAGUGGGGGAAAAAAAGUAUUUAGUCAGCCACCAAUUGUGCAAGUUCUCCCACUUAAAAAGAUGAGAGGCCUGUAAUUUUCAUCAUAGGUACACGUCAACUAUGACAGACAAAUUGAGAAAAAAAAUCCAGAAAAUCACAUUGUAGGAUUUUUAAUGAAUUUAUUUGCAAAUUAUGGUGGAAAAUAAGUAUUUGGUCACCUAGAAACAAGCAAGAUUUCUGGCUCUCACAGACCUGUAACUUCUUCUUUAAGAGGCUCCUAUGUCCUCCACUCGUUACCUGUAUUAAUGGAAGCCAUGUUUGAACUUGUUAUCAGUAUAAAAUACACCUCUCCACAACCUCAAACAGUCACACUCCAAACUCCACUAUGGCCAAGACCAAAGAGCGUCAAAGGACACCAGAAACAACAUUGUAGACCUGCACCAGGCUGGGAAGACUGAAUCUGCAAUAGGUAAGCAGCUUGGUUUGAAGAAAUCAACAGUGGGAGCAACUAUUAGGAAAUGGAAGACAUACAAGACCACUGAUAAUCUCCCUCGAUCUGGGGCUCCACGUAAGAUCUCACCCCGUGGGGUCAAAAUGAUCACAAGAACGGUGAGCAAAAAUCCCAGAACCACACGGGGGGACCUAGUGAAUGACCUGCAGAGAGCUGGGACCAAAGUAACAAAGCCUACCAUUAGUAACACACUACGCCGCCAGGGACUCAAAUCUUGCAGUGCCAGAUGUGUCCCCCUGCUUAAACCAGUACAUGUCCAGGCCCGUCUGAAGUUUGCUAGAGUGCAUUUGGAUGAUCCAGAAGAGGAUUGGGAGAAUGUCAUAUGGUCAGAUGAAACCAAAAUAGAACUUUUUAGUAAAAACUCAACUCGUCGUGUUUGGAGGACAAAGAAUGCUGAGUUGCAUCCAAAGAACACCAUACCUACUGUGAAGCAUGGGGGUGGAAACAUCAUGCUUUGGGGCUGUUUUUCUGCAAAGGGAACAGGACGACUGAUCCGUGUAAAGGAAAGAAUGAAUGGGGCCAUGUAUCGUGAGAUUUUGAGUGAAAACCUCCUUCCAUCAGCAAGGACAUUGAAGAUGAAACGUGGCUGGGUCUUUCAGCAUGACAAUGAUCCCAAACACACCGCCCGGGCAACGAAGGAGUGGCUUCGUAAGAAGCAUUUCAAGGUCCUGGAGUGGCCUAGCCAGUCUCCAGAUCUCAUCCCCAUAGAAAAUCUUUGGAGGGAGUUGAAAGUCCGUGUUGCCCAGCGACAGCCCUAAAACAUCACUGCUCUAGAGGAGAUCUGCAUGGAGGAAUGGGCCAAAAUACCAGCAACAGUGUGUGAAAACCUUGUGAAGACUUACAGAAAACGUUUGACCUGUGUCAUUGCCAACAAAGGGUAUAUAAAAGUAUUGAGAAACUUUAGUUAUUGACCAAAUACUUAUUUUCCACCAUAAUUUGCAAAUAAAUUCAUUAAAAAUCCUACAAUGUGAUUUUCUGGAAUUUUUUUUCUCAUUUUGUCUGUCAUAGUUGACGUGUACCUAUGAUGAAAAUUACAGGCCUCUCUUAUCUUUUUAAGUGGGAGAACUUGCACAAUUGGUGGCUGACUAAAUACUUUUUUCCCCACUGUAUUUGUGCAUCUUUCUCACUCAUCAUUAUUCACAUUUCAUUCAGGAUUAUCCGUAAUCAUGGUAGCAUCCACAUUAAUGUAAAGUGUUUAGAAACAUUCAAUUCUUAUUUACAAUAAGUGAUUCCGAAAUGAGACAAUACAUUUACCAUUCAUUUCUAUUGGGCACAAAGUAAUCUGAAACACAAACAGCAAAUGCAUCCAACAAAUUGUAGAGUCACAAGCUUGAUGUAUGUGGGACCAAAUACUGAACUUUUUACUACUUUAAUAGACAAGUGAAUUUCUCCCCUAAAAUGCGACUAUGUACAAAAAGUGCUGUAAUUUCUAAACGGUUCACCCAAUAUGAAUGAAAAUACCCUCAAAUUAAAGCUGACAGUCUGCACUUUAACCUCAAAUCCAAAGUGCUGGAGUAUAGAGCCAAAACCAACAACUGUCCCAAUACUUUUGUUGCUCACUGUACAUUAUGUACAUGUCUGGUUAUGUCAGAUCCUUUUCUAUGUUUCCUCAUGUUCCUCAUCUUAGUUGGGUAUAACAGAAUGGCAGAAAAGUGCCAAACUUGGCAUAGGAAAGUAAGCCACACCAUAAUAUUAAUCAAUUUUGCCUCGGCAUCGCUCUCCUUGUUUACUUGGUAUUGUUCCUUUUCUCAGGAGAUAGGAUACACCCACAUGAAGGUGGCGGAGGGCGUGAACUCACUACUGCAGAUGGCAGGCCUCCUGGGUCGACUGUGCAGCAAGACGGCCACCCCUGAUCCCAGCUAA